UCGAUUACAUUAAUAAUUGAUUAUAUGCUUCCAUAUGAAACAUGUGUAUUGUGUUUUUGGCCAUCUCAGAUAAUCCAAUACAUGAUGGAUAUAAAGUUAUAAUUGGUGUGAACAGAGAUGAAUACACUAGUCGACCAACAAAAGAGCUCCAUUGGUGGGAAAAACGACCAGAUAUUAUAUCAGGUAUUGAUCUUUUUCCUGGAAAAGAAGGUGGUACCUGGCUUGGGAUGUCUAAAAGUGGUAAAGUUGGAAUCCUCACGAACUACAGACAAAGUCCAAAAUUUAAACGCGAGGAUGAAAUUGGCCGAGGGCAACUUGUGUCUGAUUUUCUUAAAUCUGAGGAAAAACCCAAAACAUUUCUAGAAAAUGUUGAAGAAAAUGGCCACAAAUAUGGUGGUUUUAACUUGAUUCUUGGUGAAGUCAUUCCUGGAAAAACUGAAAUGAAUUUCAGUUAUUAUUGCAACAAAGAGAGUCGACCUUUGCAGGACUUGACGCCAGGAAUCUAUGGUCUUAGUAAUCGAUAUUUGGAUUAUGGUUGGAAGAAAGUUGAUUUGGGAAAAAAACAGUUUGAAAAGAUUGUGAAAGAAGAGAGUUCAAUGCAAGAGAAAGUUGAUAAAGUUUUGGAAUUGUUACUUGAUGAGACUAGGUAUGGUGUUGAUGAUGCCUUUCGCGGUCCUGAAGAUGAGGGCCUCCCUGACAUGUUCCUUGAAAGACUCUCAGCAAUAUCAGUGAAAAUUCCUGAAAUGAACUAUUGCUCCAGAACACACUCAGUGAUAACAGUAGAUCAUGAGGACAAUGUUACAUUUCUGGAAAGAACAAUGAUAGAGCCAAUGAGUGUUAAAAAUCCUUGCUGGACAAAAAAUAACUUUGAAUUCAAAAUUGAACCAAACUACCAUUCAUAGUUUCAUGAUCAUAGGCAUUUACUAAUAAACCAAGGAAUGUACAUAAUAAA